UGGUCCUGUUGGGGGCAUAUAUAGCCAGCUGUGCUCGAGCCUAAGAGAAAAGGAGAGACAGGGAAAGGAAACUGUCGCAGGCCAGACAGCUGACUGCGUCCGUGAGAAAAGAAUCCUUGCUCUGAAAGGCUGCAUAGGAACUAAUCUGCAAUUUAGUUUAAAAAGAAGGAAAGAAAGAAAGAAAGAAAGAAAGAAAUUCACGGGGGUACAAAAAUUUGCUAUAUUUAUUUUUUACAUUGGUACUCAUAUAGAGUUUGCACUGGAUUUAUUUUUAUUUUUAUUAUUAUGAUUAUUUAGAACUUAGCUUUAAUAGGUUAGAAGUUUCUGUGAAAUUCAGUUUACGUGAUCCACGCACCUGGACUUUGUCAGUUUUUGCAGAAUAAAAAAAAAACUGAACGUAUUUCUUGGAGGAUUAUGAUGUUUUUUGUGCGUAUUGCGCUAAGUUUCAUUGCUGCUCUGUGCGCUAACGCGGCGCAGAGCGCAUGGGAGGAAACCACGCUGAAACCAGUUCGACUCGACUCCUACAUGAGCAAAAAGGAGUCGCCUCUAAGUUCAGAGGCUCAGGAGAAAGAAUCAGAAAAGCUUUUCUAUCGGUUGGACAUCUUUGGGGAACAGAUGGUGCUGGAGUUGGAGCCGGAUCAGACUUUCCUGGCGCCUGGGUUUGUAUUCCAUGUGGUGGGGAAACCGGAGGGCCAGCGGGGGUUUGACAGCUCGGGGGAGGCGCGCUGCUUUUACACGGGAACUGUGAACGGAGAAAAGCACUCUGCGGUCGCGCUAAACGUCUGCCAUGGACUGAGGGGUGGUUUCAACUAUGCUGGUGAAGAGUAUUUCAUUCAACCCGCGAAUACCACCGGUGAAAGCAGUUUUUCGAGCCGGGACUUGCACAUCAUUGGCCGGAGAAAUAGGCGGCUCCACGGCGAGGUCGGUGGCUCCAAGUGCGGUGUCAGAGAGGACGAGGACAAAGUCCCUGUUCACCAGGAGACAAAAUCAGAUAAAGAGGUCGCCUCAACUCCAAAUGAGUCCCAAGCACAUCAUCGGGCCCGUCGUUUUGUGUCCACCCCACGAUAUAUGGAAAUCAUGAUUGUGGCGGAUCAGUCAAUGGCAGAGUUCCACAAAGAGGGACUGAAGCCUUACCUGCUAACCAUAAUGGCAGUAGCUUCUCGCCUUUACCGCCACCCAACUAUUCAUAACUCUAUUACACUGUCUGUGGUAAAACUUAUGGUGAUAAAUGAUGAAGAACAGGGGCCAGAUGUCUCAGUUAAUGCUGCCCUCACCUUGAGGAACUUCUGCCAAUGGCAAAAACAGCACAACCCUCCCAGCGAUCGUCACCCAGAACAUUAUGACACCGCCAUACUGUUCACUAGACAAGAUCUAUGUGGUGCUCACUCUUGUGACACAUUAGGAAUGGCUGAUGUUGGCACAGUGUGUGAUCCAGAACGAAGUUGCUCCGUCAUUGAGGAUGAUGGACUGCAGGCAGCUUUCACUGUUGCACAUGAACUAGGUCAUGUGUUCAACAUGCCCCACGAUGAUGCAAAGCAGUGUGCUAACAUCAAUGGUGACAGCUGGGGCUCCCACAUGAUGGCAUCUACUCUUUCCAACCUGAACCAGUUGCAGCCCUGGUCUCCAUGCAGUGCACUGAUGAUCACCACCUUCCUGGAUAAUGGCCAUGGUCAGUGUCUGCUUGACAAGCCACAGAAGCCCCAGCAGUUACCACAAGCCCUGCCAGGUUCAGUGUACACUGCUGACCAUCAGUGCCAUCUCACAUUUGGUGAGGAGUCACAGCAUUGCCCUGACCUGAGCACCACCUGUACAGCUCUCUGGUGCACUGUCACUACUGCAAAUGGUCUUCUGGUGUGCCAAACCAAGAACUUUCCAUGGGCUGAUGGAACUCCAUGUGGGCAUGACAGCUACUGUAUGGCAGGCCAGUGUUUGAGCAGUCGUGAAGCAGCAAAUUAUAAGACCCCUGUCAAUGGAGGAUGGGGAAAUUGGGGACCUUGGGGUGAGUGCUCACGUACCUGCGGUGGUGGUGUGCAGUACUCUUUUAGGGAAUGUGACAGCCCUAUGCCCAGGAAUGGAGGCAAAUACUGUGAGGGUAAAAGAGUUCAGUACCGAUCCUGCAAUACAGAAGACUGCCCUGACAGCAAUGGUUUAACUUUCCGUGAAGAGCAGUGUCUGGCUCACAAUGACAUUUCCUCCCAUGUAACGUUUGGCUCAAGUGAGGGUGUUGAAUGGGUACCGAAGUAUGCUGGUGUAUCACCCAAGGACCGCUGUAAGCUGGUUUGCAGAGCAAAGGGAACGGGCUACUUCUUUAUCCUCAAGCCAAAGGUGGAGGAUGGAACUCCAUGCACCCCCGACUCCACCUCUGUUUGUGUUCAAGGUCAAUGUGUUAAGGCUGGAUGUGACCGUGUGAUUGGCUCAGAUAAACAAUUUGAUAAAUGUGGCGUCUGUGGAGGGGACGGAUCCACUUGCAAGAAAGUGUCUGGAUCCUUGGAGUAUGCAAGACCUGGCUAUCAGGAUGUUGUGACAAUCCCUGUAGGUGCCACCCACCUCGAUGUCAAGCAGCGAGCCACUGGUGGUCGUCGACAUGACAACAGCUACCUGGCUGUUCGCCGGCAAGAUGGCACCUACCUACUAAAUGGUGACUACAAGCUUACAACUUUGGAGACUGACAUCUUUCUUAAAGGGGCACUUCUGCGCUACAGCGGUUCUUCAGCCUCUCUUGAGCGCCUCCGCAGCUUUACUCCUCUUCCAGAGCCACUGACGGUCCAGGUACUGUCUGUAGGUGAUUCUCCUCGGCCCCGUGUCAAGUACAGCUACUUUGCCCCACGCCCUGCUUCCGCAAACAGACGUCCCAUCAAUGCCAUCAGAGAAGCAGGAGGUGCAGAGUGGACACUACGUGAAUGGGGACCCUGCUCACAGACCUGUGGUGUAGGUACACAGAAGAGGGAUGUCCUCUGUCUAGACUUUCAGGGUCGACCCUCACAAGAUUGUCACGAAGAGCUGCGUCCUUCUUCCUCUCGUCCCUGUACCACACAUUCCUGCCCAUCCUGGGUGGUGGGUGAGUGGUCAGCCUGUUCUAAGACCUGCGGCAGAGGCUUCCGGAAACGUCAGCUGCACUGUGUGAGUCACGAUGGCCAUGUUUUGCCCCAUGACACCUGUCAUGCAAAAGAUCGGCCACGACCCUUGUUGGACAUAUGCAUCCAGAGUGCCUGUUAAGACUGGGUAGGACUAAAGGCAAUCCCUGACUGUAAAUUCUGCUAUUCAUUGUCUGAAGCAGAGCAGUGCAGGUUUGGGAUCCAACGGGCCCCCUAUGACGGUGACUGCAAUUAAUCUUGAACCAGCACUACAGUUCCCACUUCUCCAACACUGGGUGCAGGAGACAAAGCUGGCACACUGUGUACCUGUCUGAAAAGCUGGGAUAGAGGAAGAGUAUAAAAAAACUAUAAGGACACCUCGGCUGCUUUAGGUGCUAAUGACAUGCAUAUAGGUCAUUGAGUGUGAGUGUGUUUUUAGAGUGAAUGACUGUAUGUAAAGCUCUAGUUUAUGUAUUUUUACUGUCUGUCUGAGCUGGACUGGACAGAUAGUUGCUAUAUGAGAGGAAAACAUAUGAGAGCAUCCAUAGAAUAAACAAAAGGCCAUUAGAUGUGAAUAUAUUGGAAUCUAUUAGUAUUUGGCUGGGACAGAGAGAAGCAGGGAUUCAGUAAGUGAAACCAUACUAAACCAUUGUUCAGCAUCUCAGAUCACCAAAACACACAAGCUGCUACAAUACACAGCAGGUUUUAUGUAUGUAUGUAAUUAUAGCUGCACAGUUAGUAUACAGGUUGAUGUAUUUAAGUUUUCAAAGCAUACCCCAUCAUUAACUAACAAAGAUAGAGUGGCGAAAUGCGAAAAAACAUGGUUUCUGUACUGAAGUGAUUGUGUGUGUGCGUGUACGUGUGUGUUAGUGUUAGAAGGCAUAUAUGGAGGGUGAGGGACUUCUCUCCUGCUACUACUUCAUAAGUAAGUCUCUCGUGCCUUCCGGGAAGGUGUCAUCUUUUUGUACAGAAUAUCCAAACAUUAUUUAUUUUUGUACAGCCUGUUAAAUAUAAUCUUGUGGCUUUUUUAUUAUUAUUGUAUUUUUAUUUGUUAUUAUUAUUGAAAUAACAGAAGGAUGUAGAUUAUAUUGGAGUAUUUAUACAGUAUUAUAUAUGGUCUUAGGUUUAUGAAUAAAGUAUCACAUUGACUUGUGAA